AGUUGCGCUCUCCGACGAGUGGACGUCUCACACGACGAGGGCCGCGCCGGGAACCCACACCCACGCAAAUCCGCCGCGUUUCCGCCGACUUUUCAGCAACUUUGACGCCGGGCUUACUUUUUUUUUCUUUAGGGACCGCGGUGAAAUUCGUCGCCUCCAAGGAGAAGGGAAGCGUCGCUGCAGCGCGACGCCGAUCCCUUUAAGCGGAAAAAAAGGGGAAGCCUUGAAACCUCCAUGUUUGUAUCUUGAAAUUGCGAGCGGAGUCGAGCACCAUAUUGAAUCAAAGUUGCCAACUCCUUUAACUCCUUUUACCAAAUGUUUUCCAACUCCCAGGAGCGGAUCGGGGGCUCAGAUGGACGCGUGAACGAGUGGAGAAAGUGUUGCGAUGUUUCCUGGAGCGCCUCGGCUCGGUUCACCUUCACGGUAAACUCGGUUUGAGCAAUCCCAGCGCAGAAAUCCACAAACUUUUUUUUUUUUUUUUUUUUCCUGCAAACACAAAAAGUGUGUGUGUCAGCACGCGCUCUGGACCAGACCUGGAUGUGAUGGACAAUCCGUCCUCUAUAAUCACACAAGUCAGCCGGGAUGAAGAAGGGGGGAAAGCUUCAGCGGAGAGGGGAUCGUCCCCCUCUCUGUCGUCCAAGAAGCCCCGGAGCGGAGGCCUCUUCUCCAGCCUGUUCUGCUGCCUGUGCCGGGACCAGCAGGCCGAACCACAGCCGGUCAACAACAACGCACCUCUCUUAGUGGAGGAGAACGGGACCAUCUCCAAGAUACAGGUGAAACCACUUCUGCCUCCAGUCAAGUCGAAAGACUCCGGAAAGAUCUGCGUGGUGAUUGAUCUGGACGAGACGUUAGUUCACAGUUCCUUCAAGCCUGUGAACAAUGCAGAUUUCAUCAUUCCUGUGGAAAUAGAUGGAACAGUACACCAGGUGUACGUCCUGAAGCGACCGCACGUCGACGAGUUCCUCAAGAGGAUGGGGGAGCUGUUUGAGUGCGUCCUCUUCACUGCCAGUUUAGCUAAGUAUGCGGAUCCUGUCUCUGAUCUCCUGGAUAAGUGGGGGGCGUUCCGCAGCCGCCUGUUCCGGGAGUCCUGCGUCUUCCACCGGGGGAACUACGUGAAGGACCUGAGCCGCCUGGGCCGCGACCUCAACAAGGUCAUCAUCGUGGACAACUCGCCCGCCUCCUACGUCUUCCACCCCGACAAUGCGGUUCCCGUGGCCUCGUGGUUCGACGACAUGCACGACACCGAGCUGCGGGACCUCAUCCCCUUCUUCGAGAGGCUGAGCAAGGUGGACAACGUCUACACGGUCCUCAAGCACCAGUCCACCAGCAGCUAACGGCGCCCCCCCUCCCGCCGGCAGACCGAACAAAGCCCGCCCAUACUCCCUCCUCGAUGUACCUUCCUUCCUCCUUCCAGAACUGCCAACGAAGCGAACACACGAAAGGAUGAACGAAUGAAUGUUGGAGCGCCCCCCUCGGCGCCGCUGUCCGGGAGACUCGACGUUUAGACUCCAGACUCGUGGAGAGGUUUCACCGACGGUAAGGCGGCGUACGCCUGCCGCAGGUAGAGAUCUCUCUGCCACACUCAUCUGAGGUGUUUAUGGUCCAUGAGACCAGUGUUGGGGGUAAAUCUGAAGAAAAAAACGUACGGGAUCUGUGGGGGUCAGUGACUGAUCAAGACAGGAACAAUCUUUCUGGAUUCAUUUUAAACAGAUUUAAUAUACAAAAGAUAAGAAAAGUUUCUUUUUUUGUUGAAAUUGACAUUCACAUCCAUAAUGUGCACCCUUAAAAUGAGCAACGCGUUCAGAAGUUCUGAAAUGAACAAAAAGUUCAGUUAAAAGCUCAAAAAUGAGCAAAAUGCUUCAAUUAAAUGUUAAAAGUUGAUCAGAUGUUUCAAUUAAAAGCUCCAAAAUGAACAAAUGGUUCAAAUGAAAGCUGUAAAAUUAGCAAAUGAUUCAAACAGAAACUGUAAAAUUGAGCAAAUGCUUCAAUUGAAAGCUCUAAAAUGAACAAACGGUUCAAAUAAAAGCUGCAAAAUUAGCAAAUGGUUCAAAUAAAACCUCUUAGAUUGAGCAAAUAGUUCAAAUAAAAGCUCAAAAUUGAACAAAUGGUUCAAAUAAAAGUUCUAAAUGAACAAAUGGUUCAAAUGAAAGCUCUUAUAUUCAACAAAUAGUUCAAUUAAAAUGUCUGAAAUGAGCAAACGGUUCAAAUAAAGCUCAAAAUUGAACAAAUGGUUCAGUUAAUAGCUCCAAAAUGAACAAAUGGUUCAAAUGAAAGCUGUAAAAUUAGCAAAUGAUUCAAACAGAAACUGUAAAAUUGAGCAAAUGCUUCAAUUGAAAGCUCUAAAAUGAACAAACGGUUCAAAUAAAAGCUGCAAAAUUAGCAAAUGGUUCAAAUAAAACCUCUUAGAUUGAGCAAAUAGUUCAAAUAAAAGCUCAAAAUUGAACAAAUGGUUCAAAUAAAAGUUCUAAAUGAACAAAUGGUUCAAAUGAAAGCUCUUAUAUUCAACAAAUAGUUCAAUUAAAAUGUCUGAAAUGAGCAAACGGUUCAAAUAAAGCUCAAAAUUGAACAAAUGGUUCAGUUAAUAGCUCCAAAAUUAGCAAAUGGUUCAAUUAAAUGCUCAAAAUUGAACAAAUGGUUCAAUUCAUAGCUGUAAAAUCUGCUCAAAUAUUUUUUCUCACUGACUCGAAUAAACAAAUGAUUGGCACUUUACCAGUUCUGUACGCAGUCUUUGGUUACACGCAGUGGGUUUGUAGAUUUCAGCACAUACUUUAUACAAAGUCUCAAUGAUUCUGGGUUGUUAUUUGGGUGUUUUUGCUUUUUUUUUUUUUUUUUUUUUUGGUAUUUAAGUUCCAUUUUUGACAAGAGACAUAUGGUUGAAUCCAACAACGACAAGCCUUAAUGAAGCUGCCAAGUGAAGAUGACACUAACGGAAGAAUACCGGACGUAGGAAGAGCGACUGUGAAGCCUUACCCACAAUCCCCUGCCUGGGAUUCCUCACUGCCUUGAAAGACUUCCGAGUCCGAGUCCUUUCUCUCCCCGCCAAGCGGUACACAGGCUGGAAUUCACCACUGCCAGUAGAAAAUUUCCCGUUGAAGACUGAUAAAGGGUGGAUUUUUUUUUUCCCCCCAUUUUUUCCAAAUCCGCUGUGGUUUCGCCGCGUUCACACGACGUCUCUGUCGGUUCUAAAACUACCGAGUCCAGAACAGUCCUGACCCUCAAGGUGAAUGUUAUUAUUAUCCAGCUACUGGGGGAAGUUAUGUUUCCCCCACCCCCCCGUUUCCAUGGAGACGGAGUCGGCGUAUUUUCAAAAGGUGCAGUUUCCACGGACCGUGUUGAAAAGUUGCAUUUUCUCCCAUUUCGGUGAAGAUGGGAGUCGCUCGUUUUUAAAAAGUUGAUUUUGCCCGUUUCCGUGGAGACAUGUUUUGAACAUUUUUCUAAAGAUGUAUUUUCACCCGUUUCCAUGGAGACAGAUUUUGAACGUUUUCAAAACUUUUGCGCUUCCACCCGUUUCCACGAAGACAGAUUUGGAGUGUUUUCCAAAAGUUGCAUUUUUACCCAUUUCUACCAGACACAUUUGGUGUGCUUUUAAAAAGUUGCUCUUUGCCCCCAUGAACACGGAGUCGGAGUGAUGUCGAAAAGUGGCAUGUUCCCUUUCCCAUGGAAAAAGAUUUUAAACAUUAUUAAAAUGUUACAUUUUCACCCGUUUCCAUGGGAACAGAUUUUGAGCGUUAUCAAAAUGUUUCAUUUUCACCCGUUUGCAUGGGAACAGAUUUUGAACAUUAUCAAAAUGUUGCAUCUUCACCUGUUUCCAUGAAGACAGAUUUUGAGCAGUUUUUUUUUUUGAAAACUGGCGUUUUCCCACCUAUUUCCACAGAGACGGAAUGUUUUUCAAAAGUUGCAUUUUCAGUGGAUUAGAGCGCCGUUGUCGUGUAAACGGGGCCUGCUUCCCCCACCAAUCCCCCUACCCCCCACCCAUUGCUUCGACAAUACCCGCCCGACGAAUGAACGACAGAUUCGACUGAAAGCCUGGACCGCAUUUUCUUUUCCACGUUUUAACAAGUCAAUCAGAUCUAUUUUUUUUUCUCGUUUUCUUUUCUAGAUAUUUUACUGAUUUUUUUCCGUGUUUUCCACAUUGCUGUUUUUCCAUGCCAGGUCGUUUACCUCAUGUACAUUAGGUAGAGCAGAGACACCAGCACUAAACGGAUUUUGGAAAAAAUGUUAUACGGAAGCCAUCAUCGCGAGUAUUUAUAGGAACAUUCAGUCAUUUAGCAUUUACGACAAGUAUUGUGUCACCGUGGGGGGGAGGGGGGCCGUUCACUGAUACUGUACUUCUUACACAUUCAGUAGAUUUGUAUAUGUUGUUUUGCACAGUAAUAAAAGCAAGCAAAUUCUCAUUAAUAUAUGGAAUAUUCAUGUUACUGUAAUCAUGAUUCAAUAGAUGUAACCUAAUUUUUUUUGUUUUGUUUUGUUCCUUUAUCAUACCAAAUUAUGUAUGAACUGUAUGUAAUAAUGUCAUUUUUCCCCCCCCAUAAAUGUUAAUGAAAAAUGA